CUAAACGUCACCAUUAUCGAACCAAGAGCUAUCAUUUACUUUCACCUCUCUUUUAUCUUCUUCCAUCAUCACUAUAAAUAUAGCUAUCCAGAAACGCAGUGUUUCUAUCUCACAACAACUUCUAAACCUAUAGUUUCAAUCAUGAAUACCAAAUCCCUUUUCUUCUUUUGCUUCCUCUGCGCGUUGCUUCUCAUCUCUGCUAUGGCAACUGAGCCAUCCAAACAUGUUACAGAGGCAGAAGAAUCAGAGACACGAGCAGGAUUAGAUGACUGGGGAAGAGAUGGUGGAGGCCCCGGUGGAGGACCUGGAGGAGGACCCAGGGGAGGACCCGGUGGAGGACCCGGAGGAGGACCCAGAGGAGGACCCGGUGGAGGACCCGGUGGAGGACCCAGAGGAGGACCCGGAGGAGGACCGGGUGGAGGACCUAGAGGAGGACCCGGUGGAGGACCGGGUGGAGGACCGGGUGGAGGACCCAGAGGAGGACCCGGUGGAGGACCUGGAGGAGGACCCAGAGGAGGACCUGGUGGAGGACCCGGAGGAGGACCUGGAGGAGGACCCAGAGGAGGACCUGGUGGAGGACCCGGAGGAGGACCUGGAGGAAGACCCGGAAGAGGACCCGGAGGACCUGGUGGAAGACCCGGAGGAGAUUAGAGACACGGUGGAGGUUGCGGAUGCUACGGUUUACGUGUGAAAUCCAUGUGAUGACUAUAUGUGAAAUAAGAAAUAAGAAAUAAAAACAUGGAAUCUAUCUGUGUUAGAGUUGUCCCUCAAUCAUGCAUAUACUAGAAGCACAUAUUUUCAA